AUGUACAGUGCAGCGUGGCGCUUCCGCUUUAUUCAGGCUGCUAUCAGUCAACGAUACUUCGGAAUGCACUUUCGUCGGCGGAUCGGCCGUGUUGUCGUUCUCUAUAGCGACCUACAGGUGCUAGUACUCAAUAUUUCAAUCCACAUACUCGGCUUCAAGCUUCAAGAAUCGAGACUAAUAUUUGUCCGAGUCUUUCUCUACUGCGGCGUCGAUUCUUUUGUCAUUUCUAACUCGUGCAGAGCUCUUCCUUCGAUUUCUUGCUUUGAUCCAGAGAAACUUCAAGACGCUUUUGCUUCGCGAUGA